UGCCAUUUUCCUGGAUACCCAAUGUAAGUCCUUUACCUAAUGUUUCCGUAUCCCAAAUUUUAUCAUUUUAUUGUAGACAGGAUGCCGCCUCAAAUUGGACAAUUCAUAUCUGAAGCUGUCUACGAUGGCCUGCUCGAGUCGAAUCCGCAACAUUCUGUCACGAACGAGAGGAUGGCUUGUCAUUUUAUCAACAUUCCCAGCCAGGAACAGUUACAUGGAACUAGUUGGAAGAACCUUGAGGAGUGCCAAACCAUUCUCCACAUUGCUGCCAUGCUGCAAGCAAAGAAUAAGCAAUUCCGCAUCAUCACCCCGUACGACGCUCAGCGGAGUUUGAUCGAGGAGCGUUUGAAGCUCAAUGAGCUUGAAUGGGAAGAUAAAUGUUUCAACGUUGAUUCGUUUCAAGGUAACGAGGAGGAUUAUAUCAUAAUCUCACUCGUGCGGUCCAUGGCGCUCGGAUUCAUCGCUGACUUGCGCCGGACUAAUGUCAUGCUUACUCGAUGCAAGAAAGGCAUGAUCAUCUGCACCAGUCAGAAAUUCAUGAAGCGGGCAGGGUGUGACUCACUUGUGGGCAGCUUGUUGGAGUAUUAUGAACACGAGUGGAUCGAAAAGGAUGACUUGGACAAGAUUGCGCUGUAGGUGGGCCCGCGAAGGUGCUAGUUGUUAACCACCUCGACCAGAAUUUACUUUCGCGAUGAUGGUUAGUUGUAUGAUACGUAGUUGGUCUGUACGAUAGCUCGCGCGGUCAAUACUCCUUAUGAGGGACAUUUUUUUCUUUUUCUUGGAAUCAAGAAUGAGUUUUUCAAUUGCGUCUGAGUGGUGUA